UCGCCUUCGAGCAGGUCAAUACAGACAGCGAAAUCUCCAUCGCUCGAGCGAUCGCCCUCGAUUCUACCAUCCUCGAACUCCUCAUCGUCGUACAACUCGGCCACAUUGCCGUCGUCGCGGAAAACACGUGCGCCAGCCUCUCUGCCGCCCUCGGUCGAUUUUCUACACCUGUCGUCAUCCACGUGUAAACCGAAGAAAGAAGGGUCAUCCUCACCGAGUACACCUGGCCACCAACCUAGUCAACCAUCGUCAAGCUCGUCUAACGUCUGUGACAUUUGCAGUUCCUACGGGCAUCCGUGGAUCGAAAUUUGCAAGGCGAUACGAGCCACUAAAGGCAAAUAAUUUUUCUUUUUCUUUUCGUGAAUGUGUGUGUGUGUGUCCCGAAAUACGUGUGUCGUCAACUUCAAACGACUGUAACGCGGCUUACAACGCGGCAGAAUUUAUACCGAUACGUUAUUUCAAUCUCCAACGCCACACUCCUAAACGUCCCGAUCCCUUUUCCAUCGUCCCACUCCUUCCUCCGAAUCUCCCCCGUUAUUAAAUACUGAUACUUCGAAUGUUGUUUUCUUUUUCUUUCUUUCUUUCUUUCUUUUUUUUUUUCAUUUUUGUUCUCGUCAAACAAAGAUCCGAGUGCGUGAUAUUUUUGCGUUUCGCAUACUAGUUCUUCCCCACUCCGGUACGAUUUACUUUCAGUCUCUUUCUUCCAUACAACGAUAUGGAUGCAUUUACGAAUAGUACGGUAGUAUUUAUUGAGUGUCCUUAAACGGACACGACUAGCAAGUUGUGAGUUUUCCGUAGGAGCAUAUACUGGUCCCUUUUGUUAUUGACUUUUUAACGAAACAGUAACAUUACUCUACGAAGAAAAGCAUUAUUUCUGCUUAACGAAUGAAUUUAAUAAAUGAAUGUCUCACUUGUGUAUUAUAUACUAUGACAAUUUAAUAAAAUAGAAUAAAGAAAGAAAGAAUUAGCGGAAUUAUUUAUAGGUUUAGGAUAUCCCGAUAGCGGAAUCCGAACGAUCGGGGAAACGUGAUCGAACCUGUCCCCGCGACGAGAUGUUUUCGAUCGAAACACGCGACACCGACACUUUUUCUGUUCCUUGUUUUCUAUGCUCAAUUAUCCAACGAAAGCUACUCGUUGGUAGAAUAACGUAAUACGAUACUUUGAACGACCGAUUGUCGUCACGUUUUCGAAGGUUUUCUUAAAAACAUUUUUUAUGGCUAUCGAGCUUACAAAUACAUCGCCAAAAAAAAAAGAGUUCUACCUACUGAAUUUAUCCGAAUCGGUGAUCUUAGCAAUUAUUCAAUCAAAAGUUUGAUGACGAUUGUCGAAUCAUUAUUAUCAAAGGCACGUAGAAAUAAAAUAGAAGUAAAAUAGAAGUAAACUUGUACGAAAAGAAGGUGGAAAUACUUUCUCACGAACGCCAUCAGUAUUCUCACUAAUAUGUACACUCCCCGAGUAAUUUUAAUUGCGUUAAGUAAAACAUUUCAUUGCUAGUAUAACGUUAUUCGAACGCUACGUUAUGGUAACACUUUAGACGUACGAUACUGUUCAUUCGGACUAAGAUUAUAAGAGAUUUUUACGGAGGCAAAUUUGCGCGGUAUGGAGACUGAUCGCUGAAUGGGCGCGAAUUUCAAAGUGAGCGUCUUCGAUCACGUGGAUGCGCGCGCAUCCUUCGAGAGACCAGCCCACCUUCAAUUCCAGCUGGGUCCUACCUAACCUAGCAAACUUGUGACACACGAUUCGUAAACUUACAAACUUAAAAGCAAUUACUAUGUAUAAUUCGUGUAUAAGUGUAACUCGUGAUUUAUAAGAAUUGUCACAUUCUUUUUCGAAAAGGAGACGACAUAAUAAAAUAGAUGCGAAAAAUUAGUAUACGUGUACUGUUUUACACCAUUUGAUAUUUACGAGUAUAUUAGGGUUUGAAAUGUUCAUAACUGUAAAGUAAACAAGUGAUAAACAUGCGAUUUGUUAUCAGUUUUACUAACAUCAAAUACUGCAGAAAACAAUUUGCAAUGAGCCUCAGCACAAUGGCAAACCCGUUAAUUGCGGUGUGUCAAAUGACGUCGACAAACGAUAAAGAAAAAAAUUUACAAACUGUACGCGAGCUUGCUGCAAAAGCUAAAUCUCGAUCUGCUUGCAUUGCAUUUUUUCCCGAAGCAUGCGAUUACUUAGCUGAUAAUAAGAAGGAUACGAUAGCUAUGGCGCAACCCUUAAGUGGACCAACUGUAACAUCUUACAAAGACAUUGCAAAAACUAACAAGAUUUGGCUAUCGUUAGGUGGAUUGCACGAAGCGUUACCCGAUAACGAACACCGAAUAAGUAAUACUCACGUUGUAAUAAAUAGCGAGGGCGAAAUUGUCGGUACUUAUCGUAAAGCCCAUUUGUUCGACAUGGACAAUAAAAACACGGGAGUUCGAUUAAUGGAAUCGGAUUAUGUCUUACCAGGAGAAAGAAUUGAGCCGCCUAUAACAACGCCGAUUGGCAAAUUAGCGCUUAGUAUUUGUUACGAUAUGCGCUUCCCUGAAUUAUCUCUUACAUUGAGGAACAUGGGAGCGCAAAUUUUAACGUACCCAUCAGCGUUUACGUACCAAACAGGUGCUGCACAUUGGGAAAUAAUACUACGUGCUCGGGCAAUAGAAACACAGUGUUAUGUUGUAGCUGCAGCUCAAACUGGUGCGCACAACAAGAAAAGAGUUAGUUGGGGUCAUGCUAUGGUUAUAGAUCCGUGGGGAACAAUAUUAGCGCAAUGUAGCGAUAAAACUGACAUAGCUCUAGCGGAAAUUGAUUUGAAUCAUAUGCAACAAAUUCGAGAGAAUAUGCCAUGCGAAAAUCAUCGUAGAACAGAUUUAUAUCCCAAGAUGGAAUCGUUAAAAUAGCCAUCUUAGAUAUCGUGUAAAUACUAAGUAUACGCGCAGCUAUACAUAACCUCUCUUAUAUUUAAUAUAUAUACAAGUGUUUAUUCCAGGGUAUUAGUAACUAGAUAACAAUAAAAAUUAUUUGUUAUCCAUUUUUUUUAAUAUUUUGUAUAUACAGCAUUUAUAAACUAUUAUAAAUA